CAUAAAUGGAAUAUGAGAAAAUAUUGGGAGGAAAACGAGAUUUUGUUCUUUCCCUUCUAGAAACCAAAUUCAAGAUAACAAAAAGGCCUUGAAACAAAGAAAAAAAUAGUUGUAUGCUACGCAGAGGCGAUGCUAAUGACUACGCUGUCUACCUCUCCUCUUUCUCUUCUCAAACUAUCUUUGCCUUCAGAAUUAUGGGGUCAAGUUCGCAUUUUGUGGAUAGAACCCUUCCAGCUUCUCCCACUUUAGCUAAUAUCUCGGCGUCAAAGAAGUCUACAGUGCGCUGCUUCGAUGAUGAUAGUUUGCGGAACGGAUAUUUAUUACAUUGUGAAGAGACAUUGAGGCGAAGGUUUCUCCUUUUCUUUUCUGCCUCAUCAUCAGUGCUAUUGUUUCAAACUUUGCCUUCUUUUGGAAAGACAAAGAGUAAGAAUCCAUAUGAUGAAAGACGCUUGUUGGAGCAGAAUAAACGAGUACAGAAAGAAAAUAAUGCACCUGAUGACUUCCCGAAUUUUGUUAGAGAAGGUUUUGAGGUUAAAGUAGUGACAUCAGAGAAUUAUGUAAAGCGUGACUCAGGGCUUAUAUAUCGGGAUUUUGAAGUUGGUAAUGGUGAUUGCCCAAAGGCUGGUCAACAGGUCACCUUCCACUAUGUUGGUUACAAUGAGUCUGGCCGUCGCAUUGACAGCACCUACCUACAGGGUGCUCCUGCCAAAAUCCGCAUGGGCACCAAUGCAUUGGUUCCAGGGUUUGAAGAAGGAAUUGGAGACAUGAGACCUGGGGGCAAGAGGAGGCUAAUCAUUCCUCCAGAACUUGGGCCGCCGGUUGGACCCUCCACAUUUUUCAGCUCAAAACAGUUUGAAGUGUUCGACGUGGAACUUCUCAGCGUCCAGGAUUGUCAAAGGAGGACAAUAGCAUUUUACUCUGAUGUUGUAUGUAAUUGACAUUUUUUUUUCUCUCCCUUGUCUCUUUUCCUUUCUUCUCUCCAUUUACAAAGAAUUCACUUUUCAAACAGAGGUUUUGUGUGAAUAUUUGAAUGGCGAGUAUAUUAAUUGAACACAAAUUGCUACA